AUACUCCCCAUUUUACACAAACAACCUACAAAAUCUCUCAAAAAAUUAUACUUUCAUUUUAAAAAAAAAAAAAAACAAAAUCAUGAGAGAAAUUUGGACUUCAUUAGCAUCGUUAAUGGGUAUUUUAGCUUUUUGUCAAAGUCUGCUAUCAACCAUUUUCCCACCUUCAUUACGCUACACUUUUCUCAAAUUUUUCAACCGAAUUUCCAAUUACUUCUCUUGUUACUGUUACUUUGACAUCACUGAGAUUGACGGCGUUAAUACUAACGAACUUUAUAACGCCGUUCAACUCUACCUGAGUUCCACCGCAGCCGCUGCAUCUGCUUCCGCCGGGAGAUUGAGUUUAACUCGUUCCGUUAACUCCUCCGCCGUUACUUUCGGGUUAGCCCAUAAUGAUAUUCUGUUCGAUUCUUUUAACGGCGUUUCAUUUCAGUGGGAACAUAUUGUAACCCAAAGAUCCGCCCAAUCGUUCUCAUGGCGACCCGUACCCGAUGAAAAACGUGGGUUUACUCUCCGGGUUAACAAAGGGUCCAAAGAUAUGGUAUUGGGUCCUUAUUUGGAUCACAUCAUGGAGCGGGCCGGGGAAAUCCGAAGACAGAAUCAGGAUAGGUACUUGUAUACCAAUUCCCGAGGCGGGUCGAUGGACUCGGCCCGGCCCGGUCAUCCGUGGGAAGCAGUACCGUUUAAGCACCCUUCUACAUUCGACACGCUGGCGUUAGACUUGAGGCGGAAGGCUGAAAUCAUGGCUGAUCUUAAGGAGUUCGCUAGCGGUGAAUCCUUUUAUCGGGAUACGGGCCGGGCCUGGAAGCGUGGGUAUUUGCUCUACGGCCCGCCCGGAACUGGGAAGUCUAGUAUGAUUGCUGCUAUGGCUAAUUACCUUAAUUAUGAUAUCUACGAUCUUGAGAUUACUGAGGUGGGGUCCAAUUCCGAGCUUAGGAAGCUUCUUAUGAAGACCACCACAAGAUCAAUCAUCGUUAUCGAAGAUAUUGACUGUUCGAUCGACUUAUCGGAUCGACAAUCGAAGAAUAGGUCAAAAAACCGCCAGUUACUCCACUCUCAUCCGAGCCGGGAUGAUGGGCCAACCGGGCCGGGCUCGGUAACCCUAUCGGGUUUACUGAAUUUUACAGAUGGGUUAUGGUCGUGUUGUGGAAGCGAGAGGAUAUUCGUGUUUACCACCAAUCAUGUGGAGAAGCUUGAUCCGGCAUUGCUUAGGAGUGGAAGGAUGGAUAUGCACAUUGAGUUGAGUUAUUGUUGUUUUGAAGCGUUGAAGAUUUUGGUGAAGAACUAUGUGCGUUUAGAUGUGGAUGAAGAGGUGGAUGUCGAGACGGGGUCAGAGUUAGAGAGGGUGGUGGACAUUGCGAGGAUGACUCCGGCUGAUGUGAGUGAGGUUUUGAUUAGGCAUAGGAGGGAGGGGAAGAAAGCUGUGAUGGAGCUUUUAGAUGAGUUGAAGAGGAGGGUGGAGGUUAAAAUUGUAAAAAGGUUGGAUUCGAGAUUUGAAAAUGAGGAAGAAGAAGAGAAGAGAGAGCUUGAGAUGAUGGAUAGCAAUGGAGUUGUUAAUGUUAAUGUUAAUGGUGAUGAUGAAAAUGAGAAGAAGGAUAAAGAGGGUAAGGUGGUGUUGGUUAAUAGUUUUUGUUCAAUUGAAACUCAUGAUGAUGAAAAUAAAAAGUUUGAUUAGUUUUCAAAUAGAUAAAAAAAUAAUAAUAAAAUGAUAUUAGUACAAUGUUUAAUUUAUUGGUUCUCUUAACUUUUUCUUCAAUUAUUUUUGUAAGAUUUAAGAAAAAAGAAAAAAUAAACUGAGGGAUGAGAAGAUUGGAAAAGAGAAUUUGGGAACAAAGGUGUUGAAAGUAUAGGUUAGUCCAUCUCCAAUCUUCAUCUAUUGGAGUUGGUAAGAUGUUCAUUAAUCAUCAUCAUAUCCUUUUAACAUAUUUUGUUUUACUUAAAAAUUGAUACUAAGAGUAGUAUUAGUAAUAGUUUAUUUCUGACCGUUUUGAAACACAUGCUAUGAAUAUUAUUUAUCUUUUAAA